GAUUACAUGUAAUCGCAUGCUGCUUGGCCUUCUGCUGAAUGUGAUUAUGCAAAUGAAUACAUCUGUUAUAAGACUACAUUCACGAGCUCUGAGAAUGACACCCGUCUUCCUUGGAGUAGAUGAUCAGAAUUAUUUUGUUUCUUCUUUGGCAUUUUUAUUUUUUUACCCUUUUCUUCAGAAAGUCCAUCAUUACAGGUUCUAUCCAGCCAUGUGACACUCCUGGUCCCAGCACACACCCGGGAGGCCUUUGUCCAUGAGGUCGGCAACGUUCAACACACACCUGCGGAGCGGUCUGAAGUCCUACAGGCCAUGGACACACUCCCACCUGAGCAGGGCAGUGACACCCUCAGCUCCCCAGCCCAAACUAUCCCCCCCAAGCAGGCUGACAUCCCCAAUUCCCCAACCCAAACCAUUCCGCCCGAUCAGGCUGACACCCUCAAUUUCCCAGAAGAAACCAUCCCACCAAAAGAGGGUGACAUUCUCAAUUUCCCAGCCAAAAUCAUUCCACCCAAGCAGGCUGACACCCCCAACUCCCCAGCCGAAAUCAUUUCACCAAAGCAGGGUGACACCCCCAGUUCCCCACUCAAAACCAUCCUGUGCAAGCAGGCUGACAUCCCCAAUUCCUCAGAAAAAAAUACCUCACCCAAGCAGGGCAAUACCCCCAAUUUUCCAGCAAAAUUCAUUUUGCCUGGGCAGGGCCACACCCACAAGCUCUCAGCCAUUCUAUCCAAGCUGUGUGACACCCUAAAGUUCUCAGCCAAAACCAUUCUGCCCAAGGAGGGUGAUGCCCCCAAGUCCUCAGCCGAAACCGUUCUGCCCAAGGAGGGUGACACCCCCAAGUCCUUAGAAGACACCAUCCAGCCAAUAGAAGACAACCUGCAGUCAGCAGAUGAAGCCAUGGAGGUCCUGGAGGAGGACCUGGUGAAGGUGAUCCUGAGCAAGGAAGACUUUGAGGUGGCGCUGAAGGAAGCUGGGGAGAGACUGGUGGCUGUGGACUUCUCGGCCAUGUGGUGCAGGCCUUGCAGGUCAAUCAAGCCCCUUUUCCGGUCCCUGUCCAUGAAGCACAAGGAUGUGGUGUUCCUGGAAGUGGACGCUGAUGAGUGUGAGGGGCUGGCGAAAGACUGCAAUAUCGUUUGCGUCCCAACCUUUCAGUUUUAUAAAAAAGAAGAAAAGGUGGGCGAAUUUUCUGGUGCCCUUAAGGAAAAACUCGAGACAUUCAUUACAGCAUUAAAGUGAUUGUGUGUUCCAAAAGCAUUAGGAACAGUCGGCUGUUCAUAGCUUGUGAUUUUUUAUUUACAAAAAAAGAUGAGGGGUAACAAAAGUGUGUGUCCAAGUGGCACCUGCAUGUGCAUCAGAAACAGUAGCUCAACCCUUUCCAAAAAGCAGUCAAAGCCCUAACGCCUAUUGUGACUGUGUUCUUGUUGAUGGGACAGUGUUGAUAUUAGAAUUUCCUUUGGUGGAGAUAUUGGAAGUCCAGUUGUCCCCUAUUUUUUAAUCUUGAUUUUUUUUUUUCACUCACUCUUGAAAAUUCAGCUCGUGUAAUCCUAGUGGCAACGCUGGAAAUUUAGACAGUUUUUCUGUAGAAGGACAUGUUUUAAUGAUGAGUGGAAAUUUCUGAUGUUCACAUACCUUUGGGAUAUCCGAUAAGAAAGUAAAGAAUUUGAAGGAUUCA